CUUUUUUUCUUUUUUUUUUUUCGACGCUGAGACGGUGCCCCCCACGACACGGAACGGCAGGAGAGGCAGGAGAGAUGGGAGAGGUGGGAAAAGGUCUUGCUCAUCAGGCGGGGUGAUUGGAGGCCAUCCCCGAACAUUGGACGCAGCUUGCUUUUUCGGCAUUCCACUUCGGACCCCCUCGGCUGAUAUUGGAUACUACCGGUACACUAACUAUACAAUAAACAAACUCAAAAGAUGGGGGGUGGGCGCGGCAGCAACCGCUCUCCUCCCCGGACACCAGGCUCCUCGGCUGCUUUCUGCUGUGUCCCCAAGGCCGACGCCGCGAGGCUUGAGAGACAGACAUGCAGGUAACACAGCUCAUAAGACCUGCAACCACCGGGCAGUCCUGACGAGCCCAGCUGACUUGGUUGAGGUGUUCCAGUUGAGAUGAAGAUGUGCCGGAAGACCCUGGGACACGGGCCUGGGAACUGGUCUGGACACACCAGCUGGACUUUCUGGAACGCGGACCACUUCAGCUCGCUGCAACGUCGGGGCCGGGAGAACUUUGGUCUCCCUUGAUCUUUGUUCAUAUCUGCCAACGUCUGCCGGUGCCCGCAUCGCCGGCUCCGUGCCGCACACCGGCCGAUUGCCCAGGCUUCGUCUGAUGCCCGGCUGAGUCCUCGGCUCCAAUGGCUCCAGUGGCUCCAGUCCGGGAUCAUGACGACUUGACCAGCAUCAAAUCGGGAAAGGAUGGUCUCCCCGCACUUAGCCUGCGGCUGCAAGCAUUCCCCAGAAUCGCCAAAUCGAGGUUCAACAGGUCCCCGAGCCCAGUUGCCUGUUCUUUUUCCCAGCAGCCACAGAACCUACAUCACAUCACGCUAACCCCACAGGACGAGGGGGGGCGAGUGCGGUCACAAAACUACCUUGUGUCUAGAGCACCGUUCCCCCGCAUGCUCCAUGAUGCGGCUGGUGUAACCGCUCCCGCCAAUGGUUUCCUGAGAGCCUGGGACCGGACAGGCGACCUUUUUGUGCCCUUCGACCCUUCGCCGCCGCCGCCGCCGCCGCCUUGAUAUCAAAACCAACCCGGCGUCCCAAGUGGGCUUUUCUUUUCUGCCGCGUGAUCACAGGCCGGCCUGGUUAUACUUGGAUACUACCUGCAUACGCAUCCUGUGCCAGCCCCUGAGCCCAGUCUUGUCUGCCGUCCGAGCCUCUUUUUGUUUCUGCCAGGUCCCGAUAAGAGCACUGCCGGCCCGAAGCAUCCCACUUCCCAGUCAGGCUGGCUGUUGCGGAGCGUCUCCUGAGGGGCACGUGGUGCUACUAUGGAUACUCACGAACGCCUCUCUAGUCCUCUUGCGGCUCGGGUCCGUCAUGCCAGUGGUCGGAAGAAGGCGAGACGAGGUGCGGGCUGCAAAGCAAGAUGUCGCCUCUUUUCCUGAUGUUGCUCGGACCCGCACCCCCUUUCUGUGAGCAGAUUUCCCGUUUUGUGGGGAUCUUGGACCGGAGGGGGUGGCAUCCAUCCCGUCACCAUGGAUAUGCCGUCCAUGGUAUCAUGUCGUUGACUGUCAACACGUGCCGAACAUCACAGCCAGGCCAUUUUCGUUUGUCCCCCAUCUUGGCGGGUCUCACCAGGAUCCUGGAUGACCUAGUGGAAUAUCUCCGGAGACUGACGUACGUCCGUUGGAGGAGAUCAUGAUGUCUCUGAGACCAGUCCGCCGGAAAGCGUAUAUAUAUAUAUCAGAUAGCCGCCCAUUGUUUCCGUCCGAUUUGCUCUCGCCGUCACUCGAGUUGCCCCUUCUUUGAACAUAUUUCACUACUUUCCCCCACAAUAAACCAUCCAUCCCAACCUGCGGUAUGGACUCGAGCCCCACAAUGUUGGACACAACGCCCCUCCCCUCGUGGGAGCGACAAUGGCGAGGAGGGAGCAAGAGCAAGAGAGCAACAAAGCCUCUCCACAAGAAAGAGGUCAAUCAUGUCUCCCAGCAAACUCUUCUCCUUUUCUCACAGCUCCGGUACUACCUGGGGACGUGGAAAAUGGACAACAAGCAGAUGUCCAGAGUCACCCCGAAGCCCAAGCCGUAUUCCGUCAUCGAUGGGGCCAGAGAGGCAUUGACCUCUCUCGAGGAGCUUUGCCGACAUGAACUUCCAGGCAACUUUUCGACUCUGGCUGGAAAUGUCAACAUCACCUCGUCAUCUGGCCAGGGAAACAAAGUUCACUUUCCCAGCCCUCUCAAGGAGCAAGAUGCCACGGCAGCUAUCAAGGGUCUGGAAGCUCGUGUUGCCAGCGCCAUUGCCGGUCUGCGGUAUGGCGCCGAGAAGCCCUUAGUCACGGUCGACGUUGAUAAGAUUUCUGGCUUCUUGAUGUCUGCUUACCUGACCACAAUCGACGGGAUGGACAAGACGGACCCCGGAGUCAAGGAGAGGAUACCGGAUACCGACCUCAACAGGGCCCAAUCCAUCCUCUACCGCCGCCUCUCAGCCAACCUCUACAGCACCAAGAACCCCGGCGAGUACUACCACAUCCACGGCUCCCUCAACGCGGACAUCACCCUGCAAAUGCUCGGCCUCCCCAAGCACCGCCCGGACUUGACCGAUUACCGGGAGUGCAUUGACACCAUUGAGGCGGCCGUCAUGAGGCACACAGCCGCUGAGCUUGACGAGCUAAACCUCAAAAACAGACAAGCGGGCAUCAAGGCGUACACCUGGGAGCAAUUCCAGGAGCUGCCUCACGGCAAAGCGAUGUGUUCGCAGCCACCUUUUACCGUCAAGCCCAACCCGCUAGACACCACCACCCCGCCUGUCCCCUUUUCUUCCUCAUCCGGCUCAGGACCGCGAUUCGCCCUAAAGGGGAUCAAAGUCCUCGAGCUGUGCCGUAUCAUUGCCGGCCCGACAAUCGGCCGCUCCUUGGCUGCCCACGGAGCCCAAGUCAUCAAAAUCACCUGCCCUACCCUUCCCGACGUCCCAUUCUUUCAGCUGGACGUCAACACGGGCAAACACUGCAUCUCGCUCGAUCUCAAGUCCUCCGCUGCUGAUCGGGAGACUUUCUCGUCCCUCCUGGCGGAAGCGGAUGUUCUGAUUGACGGGUAUCGCCCUGGUGCCCUCGCCAAACUGGGGUAUAGCCCCUCCCUCCUCGCCGAGGUAGCCAAAUCCCGAAACAAGGGCUUUGUUUACGUGGUUGAGGACUGCUUUGGCGGAACGGGGGCAGAAGGGGCAGAGUGGGCGCAUAGGCCAGGCUGGCAGCAGAUUGCGGAUUGCGUCUCUGGUGUUGCUUACGCUCAAGGGAAAUUCAUGGGCCUGGAGAACGAGCCGGUUGUGCCCCCCUUUCCGAUGAGCGAUUACGGGACUGGGGGGUUGGGGUCCGUGGCUGCGAUGGUUGGGCUGGUGAGACGGGCGACGGAGGGGGGGAGCUGGGUGGGGAGGACUAGUUUGGUGCAGUACGAUGUUUUUCUCCAGAAAUUGGGGUUGCUGCCGGAGCGGGAGCAGGAGAGGUUGAGGGGGAGGCGGAAAAGGGAAUGGGGGGGCUUCUUUGAGUUGAGGCACAGUGAUAGUGUUGAUGAGGUUGGGAGACGGGCGUUGAGGGGGAUGAGGGGUGUGGUGCCGUUUUUGUUUGAGGGGGACCAUAUGAUGAGUGAGGGGUUUAGUAGGGGGUUUGGGGGGGUGGUGAGGUGGCCGAGGGAGGCGGUCGAGGUGGAGGGCUUGAGGGUUGGGCAUGUUAGGGUUGCGAGGCCUAAUGGGUGGGAUACGGGGAGGAAUGAGGGGGGCAUGUGGGAGGGGUGGGAGGAGGAUGAGAUUAGGGGGUGA